CGGCGUUUUCCCUCCUUCCCCUCCCUCCGCUCCCUCUCAGCAGCAGCCACGAUGCGCGUGUGUGCCCUCAUUGCCAUCAGCCUGCUCCUCGCCACCUCAGGUGCGACUGCAGACACGACAGCGGCACAGUGGAUCACUGCAGACGUGCCAGCACAUCCGUUCUCUGCGACUCUGUCCCUCUGUAUCUGCCUGUGGUCCCUCGCCCCCUCUGUCUGUCUGUCUGUCCGUGCGUGUCAGUGUCGGUGGUGGUGUGUGAAGCCCAGAAGCACCAGCAGCAUCAGCAGGAGGUGGCCUCCCUCGUGCGGUCUCUUCGGGAGCUCUCAGAAGAUCCUGGCCUGGAGGACACGCCACCUUCCCCAGAAGACGAGGCCACUGCUCCCGACGACGAUGAAGACUCGUCAGAAGACAGUGAGCACUGAAUCUCGUGGCUGGCUGCCAAGCAUCCCCCAGAUACCGCACCUCUCCCUCUCUCCCCCCUCCCUUCUCUCUCUGUGUGUGUGUGUGUGUUCUGUGUGCAGGUGCCAUAUCGCCUGCUGAUGAUGCGGACUCAGCGUCGUGGGUGGCGCUGACCAAAGGGAAGUGGGGGAUCGAUGAGAAGGUGGAAAAGGCAUUGAAUGUGUUCAUCGCCAAGAUGCUGGCGUACGCGUACAAGUUCAAGAACCUAGGCUACUUCUUCCACCACAGUGAUGUCCAGUAAGCAGACGAGCACCACACAGAGAUGGAGGGAGGUUAGAUGUUGACACGUGUCUGUAUCCGUCUGUGUGUCUGCAUCUGUGUGUGUGUGUGUGUGGUGUGUGAGCAGUCUAAGGGCUUCGAGGCCUUUUGCAAGUACCUGUUUUUUAUCAUCGUAGUCAAAGUCGAGAUCACCAUCGAGUUCCUCCAUGGGUACGUACGUCCCUGCGCACAUGUGCACGCGUCAACCACCACAACACACACACACACACACACACGGGCAGCCGUCGUAGUGGUUUCUCUCUCUUUCUGCCUCUGUGUGUCAGUUGUCACGGCGAUUAUUAUCCCAAGUCCGUUGCGUACUACAACUACCCUAAGGACAAGUACAAGCCCAUGCCGUCGAUUCAGAACCUGUUCACGACGUACGCAGAAUACUACGACUCGUACCUGACGGUAAGGGGGAAGGGGAGAGGGACCGACACACACUCUUGACGGAUACGAUGCGUGUGUUCAUUCAGGUGUAUGACGGGUGCAAGGGGGAUAACCAGUGCAUCCACUUCCUCGAGAAACACUUCCUCAGCAAACUGGUUCGUGUGACACACACACACACACACACACACAUGCAUCCUCUCACCUUGUGUGUCCCCCCCUCCCCCAUUCUCUGUGUGUCUCGAAAAAGGUCGUCGUCAUUAAGUUCAUAUAUGGAAUCAUCAUCAAGAUCUACCAUUACGGCAGUCUGAAACUCGGCAUCGUGGCCAUCGACCGUUACCUUUACAAGAAGUUUGGCUGUUACGGUACUGCACACACACAAAACGAGUGGGGGUUGCUUUCAUUUGUGUGCCUUGGCGUGUGUAGGUAGCAACAAGGGCGGCAAAUGGUGCAACACCGGCUACUGCCCGAAGGGCAAUGAGAUAGGCGAGCAGGGUAUGGGCAUCACGGGUACGCCUGCGAUAGCCAUGGCUGUUGAUGAGGCACCCGAGGACGCGCUUGAUGGAGAAGAAGUCGACUAAGUCGAUGUGAUAUCUUCGGACGUCGAGCACUGAGUGACCUACAUGCUUGUUGGCCGCCUUUUUCCUACUUUCUGGCCGCCGGGUGGUCGGUCUCCUUUAGUGCUGUGUCGUUUCUGCCUCAUGACGGUGGGUGUAGUGUGGUGGGCAACGUCCUAGUCUUCCUAGUCAGCCUCUCGAUGAAUGGAUGAAUGGAUGGAUGGAUGGUGUGUGUGGCGGCCAGCUGUCUGUGUGCGUAGUGAGUGUGCGUCCCCUGUGCCAUGCAGACUUAUGGCUUCGUCUUUGAGUGCUUCCUAUGUUUGUGUGGGCAUGCAGCAAGGCGAGACAGGCACUAGUGCCGAUCAUGAGCGAGCCAAUUCGUUAGUGUCUGCGUGUGCGCAUGUGUGCCAUCAGCACAGUGGAUGGAUGGCUCCAUUUGCAAGACGGCCAUGUGUGCGCUGGCUGAUGCGCUUGUGGGUCUUAGUCCCUUUGUGUCUUUUCCCUCCCCCUUACACACACAUACUUACAUGUGUACACUUAUCUGUACAUGUACGACGCUUACGUAUAUGUAAUUGUGUCCUAUAUACAUACCGCUGUGUGUCUGGGGGGCCUGUGUGUGAUUGCUAUUUGUAUGUCAACAGCUCCGGCGAAGGGCAUUUAUGUCAGCCAGUGCGGACACAAGAGGAAGAGAAACGAAGAGAGGGCUUUUUGGCCGUGGACACGGGCGGGCAGACAGACCACAAUGUGUACACAUGCCGUAUACCGCCUGUCUGUAUUUAUAGGUGGAGCCUUUUUCGACUGCCUGCAAUGUCGGGACUUUCUUCCCCCUUUUCUGCCUUAUCGCUCACUCAAGUGUCUUCAUCAUCAUGGUGCAUGACAGGGUGCAGAGAGGGGUAAUCAUGCACAUCGUUGACUUAUCUACAUGCCGAAAGUGUGUCGUUCAAAUCA